UACAUACAUAACAGAAACAAUAAAAUGAACCACAUCUCAUCAGCAAAGAUUAGUUCUACAUUUUGUGUUGUUGAGGCUGCAGUAGGUAGAAAAAAAUGAAACAUUUUCUUUUAAUUUUAGUCAUUAUUCAUGUAAUUAAAAAAGUUCGUCCAUUUGAAGACACGAUUUGCGUUAUUUUAACACGAAAUUUCGUCGAACCACAAUCUUCAUGCAUAGAUCGAGUACAAAAUAUUUUCUACAAAAACUGUUUACAUGAAAUAUGGGACACCGAGUCUAAUUGCUUUUUUUUCAACUCUGGAAAAUUACAUCAAACUUCAGACUUUACCAAGUUAAGUGAUUGUGCAAAAAUGAAACAACACAAGCAGUGCAAAAUUCAACUCUGCUUUGAUAGUUGUGACGAGUGGUAUUUUUUGGAAGAAAGUGAGAAAAAUGCCACUUCUGGUUAUCUUCAAAGAAAUAUUUAUGUAAUGUUAAUCAAGAAAGUUUCUUUGGUAAAAUUUAUCAAAAUUUUUGAUGGGACAUUUAAUGUAGGGCAUAGUAUUGAAGAUGGUGCAUUUUUCAACAAAAAUAACAUUUAUGCAGCUAUUUCGCUUAAUCAAAAUAAUGUUUCUUUUUUUAAACCGUUGCGAUUGCUUGAAUUUGAUGUAAUACUUAGAGUUCCACAUAGUUUAGAUUUUGCAAAAACCGACUUUUUAAAUAUUGUGCUUUUCAAAGGUUUUGGUGAAAUAAGAAAAAAAUUUGCUUCUCAAGAUUCGAAACAAUUUGACAGUUUAGAAAAUUCGAUAAAAAAGUCUUUAGAAAAAUUUAUUGAACCAAUCGAUUUUUUCACACUUGAUUUUUGCUCUUCUUAUUCUGUGAACUAUUACCAAAACAAUGUUUGGAAUGACGCCACUUAUUCGGUCAAAUAUUGUGCAAGUUUUGCAAAAAGUGGUUCUAAGUGGUACCUUGUUGACGAUUAUUUCAAUUUAGAUAUUCUAAACUUUGAAAAUACUAACGUUUUUGUUAUAAAGUCAGAUUACCUAACUCAAAACUUUAGAGAAAUUACCAAUAGUCUUCCCAAAAUCGAAAAAAAAUACUUCAGAAAUGAAACAAAUUUGUUUAGUGCUAUUACACCUUAUUUGUUGCUAGUUUUUGAUUUGGCAAAAUUGGAAAUUAGCAGUUUGAUUAUUUUUAACAACACCAACAAUAUUUACACAAAAAUUUUGAGUGGUGAGGUGAAUGUUACAAAGAUCACUAGUCUUGAACACUUCGGUAGUGCAAUAGUGUUUAAUUAUAAUUUUACAGAAGAGAUUGGAGACUUGCUAAUUAUUGUAAAGGUUUUCAACAAAAGUGUUGAAAUAUUUUUCUCAAAAGAUUCCGUUGUUGUCGACGCUGUGGAACAAAGAAUUUGCAAAAAUUCAUCUGACGACGUCGUGAUUUUUUGUGACGUUUUACCAAAUAGUAUGUCUAAUUUAGCUGAAGUCAUUUUGUAUUGCACAAAUCUGGUGUUUUUAGCAUUGUCGAUACCGAGUCUUUGUGGUAUUGGUCUCACAGCAAUACUUUUUAAACAAUGGCGCCGAGAAACAGGAAACCAAAUUCUGCUAAAUUUCGGUUUUGCAUUAUCUGCUAAGCAUUUUUCAUCAUUCUGUUUUGAACAAGCGGUUGAUGUGCAAGCCUUAAAUGGGCCUUCCUGUUACAUUUUUGGGGUUUUAUACCAUUAUUUUCAGCUAGCGCACUUUUCUUGGAUGUUUGUUUGUGGAAUUCUGCAAUUUAAGAGACUUGUCAUAGUUUUUGGAGGAAUCGAUUAUCUGCUUCCGAAAGCCUGCCUUCUGGGUUGGCUUUCACCAGUCGUUCCCGUGGUACUUCUUCUAAUUUCCAAUUACAAAAAUUACGAAGAAUUGUGCAUUCCGAGAGAUUUUGGGCUUAUUUUUGCCAUUUGGGUUCCAGCAGCUAGCAUCAUAUUUUGCAAUGCCAUAAUUUUUUUAUACAUUUUUUAUCACCUUUUGUGCAAUAGGCCCCAAAUUCUUCAAAGCCAAGCCAGUGAUAUACGAGUUUCACGAUAUGUUUCACUUGCAAUUAUACUUAGUUUUAUGCUUGGUAUUAAUUGGGCGUUUGUUCUUGGAGAUAUUUUAUAUCCUGAAACUUUUUUCUUUCGCUUAUUUACCGUCAGUACCAGCCUCCAAGGUUUUGUUCUUUUUCUCUUUCUUAUUCCACUAAACACAAAAACGAGAAACAUGUAUCUUCAACUUUUCAAGAAAUGGUUUAGGUGUAAUUCACAAGUUUACAUAAUCAAUGAUACUUCAACUGAUUGUUUAUAAUUUUUCUUGUAUUCAAAAGUGUGUCUUUUCCUUCCAUAGGUAGAAGUUACUGCUUGAAACUUGUCCAACCAAAAACUUUAAAAGUAAAAAUUUCUUUUGAUAUCCCAAUUUCAGCCAUUAUAAAUUCAGAAGCAUGUUUUUCCGUUUCUAUGGAGGAGGUAAUUGGCCACUUUUCUUUCUGAAAUUAUGGUGGAAAACCUUAGUUUUUUGUUUAAGGUCCUAGGAAAUACACUUUAUUCACAAUCACAAAGUAAUAAUCAAAUUACCUUGCAUGUAAAAUGUUAGAAAGAAUAACAUUUCAAUUUCAUUUAACAAUUGAUAUGAAAUAUUAGGUCCAAGUGGUCAUUUCCUUACCAGCUGAUAUGUGAUAUGACAGUUCAGGUUGAGAAAUGACCACUUCUCAACCAGAAAACUGAUAAGGAAGUGACCACUUCCCCACCUGAACUGUCAUAUGCUCAUACAGGAUGUCCCAGCGAGUUGAAAAAGUUCAAUAGUGACAUUUAAGUGGUAGUAUAGGACAUUGAUAGAUACGAAUCUAGUUCAUGGCCUAAAAUUAUUUUCAACUAUACAGCGUGUCUCAAAAAUAAGUUACAAUAUAAUACAAAAACAAAGACGUCUAGAAAUA